AUGGCACCAAGACGUUCAGCCAGGAUCAGCAAUGUAUCCAACCAAAAAUCUUCCGAGAUAUUGAAAUCAACUGCGAAGGACAACCCGAGCACAAGUAUAAGCAAAAGAAAGAAUAAAGCCAGCAAUGCAAAUGGUAUAACCAAGAAACCGAGAAAGUCGCCAAUUAGAAAGACGACCCAAAAGAACCAUGAGAAAGAUACUGCUGGCUCUGCUCCAGAUGAUGUCUUGACGACGCCGCAAACGCCACCCAGAAAGCAGCAAGAUAUCGCAUCACUAGCAGACAAUCUCAUAUUAACUCCGCCUCGACCUCCAAGACUUGAUCGACCCGUUGAACCUCACAGGACAAAUGCAACACUAGUCACACCACGAGGAACCUCACUCGUCGCCUACCCAUCCAUUGAAGACACCUCGCCCAGCAAAACAGGUCUACCACGACCUAUAGCCACAACAGGAACCCUGCUCGAAAAGGCACUUGAACACUUAGUUAGCGUUGAUGCCCGACUCAAACCCGUCAUUGACCAGCAUCAUUGCCACCUCUUUUCGCCGGAAGGGCUUGAAGAGAAAAUUGACCCCUUUGACAGUUUGGUUAGUAGUAUUAUUGGACAACAGGUCUCUGGUGCAGCGGCGCGGUCAAUCAAGAACAAAUUCUUGGAUUUAUUCGACAAUGAAAGUGACGACAUGCCAGCAGCUACAGAUGUGACAAAGACGAAAAGACUCUUCCCAACCCCCGCCCAAGUAGCGAAACUAGACAUCCCAACUCUCCGUACCGCAGGCCUCUCUCAACGCAAAGCAGAAUACAUCCAAGGCCUAGCCGAGAAAUUCGCCAAUGGCGAACUAUCGACCCAAAAGCUCCUCAGAGCCUCUGAUGAGGACGUUAUGGAGAUGCUCAUUGCCGUGCGCGGAUUAGGUCGUUGGUCCGUGGAGAUGUUUUCGUGCUUUGCGUUGAAGAGGACGGAUGUCUUUUCAACGGGGGAUUUGGGUGUACAACGAGGCUGCGCCGCUUUUGUCGGCAGAGACGUUAAUAAACUCAAAGCCAAAGGGGGUGGGAAAUUCAAGUACAUGUCUGAAAGUGACAUGUUGGAAUUGGCCGAGAAGUUUCGUCCAUAUAGGAGUCUAUUUAUGUGGUAUAUGUGGAGGGUGGAGGAGGUAGAUGUUACAGUUAUGAACUGA